AUGUACCAGAAAUACAUCAACUACCUCGAAAUCAAGUGCAGCCUUCUCUCCCAGAGGUACCUGAUCUUCGAGUCGUCCUCCAUCUCUUUGGACGAGAAAAAUCGGUUCAUUAGAGAGGAAUUUACCCCCAAAUUCGCCAAAAUUGAAUCGAGUUUGGAUAGCAUCAAGAACCUCCUCCCUCGAUUUGCCCUCAAAGACUUGAGUCAGAUCAGCGAUGUGGGGGAGGUAGAGAUCACAAGUUCCGUGCAAGUUCCCGGUACUUUGAGUGAAAUACCUGAAGUACAAGUCCAGAACUCAACUGCCAACGUCAGUGAAGACGAUUUCUCGGAGCUCGAAGUCACCCAGGUCAACUUGACUAAGCCCUCACGGUUGCCAAACGACGGCUUGAUCAGCCUAUCGUCCGAGCCAGACGUGUUUGUGGCAGCUCCUAGUUCACCACCUCGAACUCCUUUGAGGUCCGAAGACGACGUGGAGGACGAGUUUGGCCAGCACGAGAUGGACGGGUUGAUGACGCCUACUCACGAAAUCGAUGAUGCCGAUACUGACUUGAGUGGGUUUGUGGUUGACGAUGUGGAUGUUGAAGAUACUGAAGAUAUCAGUGAGUUUGGUAGUGACGCGGAAAGCAUAGCAGAAACCCAGUUCCACAUCGAUCAAGACGAGUUGAACGAUCUAAGGUUGAGCCAGGAUGUGGCCGACAACUUUGGUAUCAACUAUGAAGAAAUGGAUAAUGAUCUUGAGCUCGACAACGACUUUAUCACCACCCAGUUGAACGAUGAGAGGGAACUCAACUACGAGGUGAUUGAAAUCAGUGACGACGAAGAGGGUGUUUCGGACCUCGGAGGUCACACCACUUUCGUGAAGCCUGAAAAGACUAGUCAGAAGGCUAGAAAACCCGCAUACGACGAGUUUGAUGAGUUUGACGACGAGUUUGCUGACGAUGUGGUUGAAAUGGGUAUCACUACCUCCAUCGACAUUAUCCGUGAACAACAGAAUCGGUACCCUGGGUGUGAGCCGUACAUCAAGGAAAUCUACUCGGUGUUAAACAAGAAGUUUAAGCUACAGAAUUUCCGAUCCAAUCAGUUUGAAGCCAUCAUAUCUUUGCUUCAAGGUCGAGACGUGUUUGUGUUAAUGCCUACCGGAGGUGGGAAGUCUCUUUGUUACCAGCUCCCAUCCUUGAUCAAGAUAGGUGCCCGAAACCAGGGAGUUACGAUUGUCAUCUCCCCAUUGAUUUCGUUGAUGCAAGAUCAAGUCCAGCAUUUGAAGAACAAGAACAUCAAAGCAGGCAUGAUCAACUCCAAGAUCGAGUACCUGGAAAAGAAACAGAUUAUAGACUUAUUUAAGACCGCCCAGUUGGACUUGGUGUACUUGUCUCCAGAAAUGGUUAACUCAUCCGCCCAAAUCCAGCGAAUCAUCAAGCAGUUGUACGAUACCAAACAGCUCAACAAGGUGAUUGUGGAUGAAGCCCAUUGUAUCUCCAGUUGGGGUCAUGACUUCCGCCCUGACUAUAAAGCUAUGAGUAUCUUCCGACAGAAUUAUCCUGAUAUCCCCAUCAUGGCCUUAACGGCCACUGCCAACGAUAAGGUCCGAUUGGACAUCUUACACUUGUUGAACAUGAAGAGUCCCAAAGUGUUUAAGCAGAGUUUCAACCGGAUAAACUUAUACUAUGAGAUCCGAAUGAAAAAGGCAGGUUUUGUUGAGGAUAUUCGGGAUACAAUCUUGGCCAAGUACAAGAACCAAACCGGAAUCAUUUACUGCCAUUCCAAGCAGCUGUGUGAGCAAAUCAGUAUGAAGUUAAAUCAAUUCGGUAUCGAGUCGGCAUUCUAUCAUGCUGGAAUGAGCACGGAGGACCGGUUCGAGGUUCAAGAUUCCUGGCAACAAGAAAGACUUCGAGUAAUCUGUGCCACAAUAGCAUUUGGAAUGGGGAUCGAUAAGCCCAAUGUUCGGUUUGUGAUCCACUCGUUCUUACCCCGAAACCUAGAAGGCUAUUAUCAAGAAACCGGUCGUGCUGGAAGAGAUGGCCUACACAGUGACUGUAUCAUGUACUAUUCAUACAAGGAUGCUCGUAACUUACAGUUGAUGAUUCAGAAGGAUGAAGAGUACAACCAGGCCACCAAGGAUAACCACUUGAGUAAAUUACGGCAGGUGAUCCAGUAUUGUGAAAAUAAUCACGACUGUAGGAGAAGGCAAGUGUUGCAGUAUUUCAACGAAAACUUUGAUCCUAAGGACUGCCAAAAGCAGUGUGAUUCUUGCAACAACAAUGGCAGCGAGAUUCUGCGAGAUUUCACAGAUGUGUCCCGAAGUAUUAUCCGUCUAGUGCAGUCCAUUCAGAACGAAAAAAUCACCUUGCUCUACUGUCAGGAUAUUUUCAAGGGUUCGAAUAACUCCAAAAUCGUCAGCAAGGGCCACCACCAAUUGGAGUAUCAUGGGAUGGGUUCCAAGUUAACGAAGCUCGAGAUCGAAAGAAUCUUCUUCCACCUCAUCUGUGAAGGGUGUUUGGAAGAGUACUCGGUGAUCAAAGGAGGUUUUGCCUCCAAUUAUGUGAGAGUGGGUCUACAAGCGUCUCAGGUGUUAUCGGGCACCAAACUGAUUGUUAUCAAGUUUUCCAACAUCAUCCCAGAAACCAAAGCAACCCCUGUGUCGGGAUUUGUCAGUGCCAAAACCAACAAGCCGAUCAAACUCCCUCAAAAUAACCUCUCAAGUUUCGUGAAUGCUUCCAAUCGGAUGCACAUUGAUCGCUGCUUCCAUGAGCUCAAUUUGAUCCGGAACCAGAGGAAAAUCGAGCUUAACUUCCAAAAUGCCAACAGCAUUCUUAGUGAUGACCUGCUCAAGAAAUUGGCCAUAAUGUUACCAACAUCCAAGCAGGAGUUCAAAAAGUACGUCAACAACAACGAUCAACUCAACUAUUUUAUUUAUUUUAAGAGUAAGCUUAUGGAGCUCAGCCGCGAAAGGAAAGAGAAACUGGGCCAGAAGGUGGGGCGGAACCUUAAGACAAACGGCACUCAUUCAGGCGGCAGUCAGCGUCAUCGUGGGUCCAAAUAUUUCAAGCGGCCUGGCGCCGCAAAAAAAAAACGACUGCAAAAGACCAUGCCCGAAUGAGGUGGAGCUUUACGUUUACGGGACAACCAGGACACUUGUCACAAUGGGCAACGUAAUUGCCCUGUUUGCAACCAGCGUCAUAACUCUGGCAGGCCCCAUUUUAGAUCAGCAAGGGCCGUCUUAAUUGGGUAUUAGAGUAGGCUGAAACGUCGCGAUCUGCAGCUGCAUAUAAGACCAAAUAACCUGAUUCUGCCAGAGUAGGGGUCGGUAGUAAGGAAGGGUAUUUGGGGGUGAAGGUGGGGGCCCCCAGUUGAAUAGAACAAAUCUAGAAUGAUAUACGUAUAAACAAGGUUUAUUGAAGGGUUAAAGGCGAUCUGCUACCCAUUAGCAGUUGUCCCAAUGGGACAAAACCGUUGAAACUUACUUAAGAUAUGUGACUAGUGAAAUUGAUUUUCCCACAAAUAUACGCCCGUUAUA